AUGCAACUGAUCCAGAUGACGGGCAUGGUCAAGCGAGCCAGCAUCGUCUCCUCCAAGCAUCCCAGCUCGGAGAGUGAGGAGGCCUCCAAGCCCGUCGUCUACCACUCGACCAUCCUCGGUGUCGUGCUCGCCAUCGCGUCAAGCGCUGUGCUCUCCCUAGUCAACGUCAUCAUCAAGCGACUGCCGACGGUCAGCAUCCUGGAGGUACUCACCUUCAUGGCGUUCGGUGUCUUCAUCGGCAUUUUACCGGCGGCCACCCAUGAGGUCGAUCCGUUCGGCAGCCGGCAAGCGCAGCCGCUGCUCUUCGUACGCACGGUCCUGUCUUCAGUGGCGUCAUUGCUGCGCCUCAGCAGCCUCUCGUACCUCUCGGUGGCGGAUGCCUCCAUAGUCGCCAGCCUCACGCCGCUCAUGGUGUCCCUUACGGCACUCGUGUUCUUCUCGGAGCGUUUUCACUGGACGCAGGGCGUCGCCGUUGGCACUUGCGUCUUCGGCCUCGCACUCCUCACCAAGCCGCCCAUCACGUCCUCGAUGGACACCUUCGCGAAGGCUCAGUUCAUCGGCAUCGCUUAUGGCCUGGCGCACACGGCUCUGAACGGCGUAACCACCGUCUGCAUUCGGGCCAUCAAGGGGGUGUCCAGGAAGGUUGUGGUCUUCCACUAUGGCUGCCUCUCAAUGCUCCUAGUCUCUCUCGUGUCCGUGGCCACCAGCAAGAUGAAGAUCUUUUACGAGGGCUCGCAAAUCGGCUACCUCCUCCUCAUCUCUCACCUCACCUUCGCCACCCAGAUGUUUUUGACCAAGGCGUUGCAGGUGGAGAGCUCCUCCGUGGUGAUCGUCAUCAAGACGGUUUCGGAUGUGAUCUUCGGCUUUCUGUUGCAGCUCGCCUUCCUGCCCGACUGGCCGGACCCGUUGAGCUACAUCGGUGGAUUGUUAGUGACCGGAAGCGUGGUACUCAUCGGUUUCAGAAAGGUCGUCGUCAACUCAGCGCAGGAGUCUGCCGUCAGGAAGCGUUUUAACUUUCUCAUCUAG